AUGGCUAGUCUUGGAUUUCGCUAAUGAAGUGGUGAAGAGGACUGGGAAAAAAUGGAAUUCCCCAAGCGAAAAGAAGCGAAAAAUGCCAACAAAAAUGUCUUUGGUCUAAAACACAACUUGACAGGCCUACAACCGAAAACGCAAUUUCUUUUUAAAUCAUGGUCUUCUUUAUUUUAACCUCAGUGCCAGUUGGGCAGAGGUUAACAUUUAAUGACAGGCCAGGACAAAAAGUUUAUUACAUUUGGAAUGAUGGAAUUUAAUUCAUAAGUCUUUUAAACGCUUGGAUGACAAAGAAAUUCGUUCUUUCAAUGCAUACAAGACAAAAUUGUCAUCAUAGCCGCUCAGUUGUGUGCCACUAGUGAAGUUAGACAGUUCUUCGGGGAAUUCAAGCCUAAACAUGGCCUACGAAGACUCUUAUGUGAAUACCUACUAUCCAGAAUAUACAGCUCACAUCAGCUCCAGGCCACGUCCACAUUCGGUGCAUCCGUUUCGUCAUUUGGUGGCUUCCAGCACGAAUUUAAAUGGAGCCUGGGAGGGAGGAGGUUCAGCACACUCGGGCUAUGGUCCAGAGCCCAUGGAAUAUGACUACCAUACGGGUCCUCAAGCUCAUGCACCCAUGGGUGAUUAUUCUUAUCACUCUGCUGCAGGCACUGGUUAUGGUGGACCCCCACCUGCAUAUCAUGCACCGGUUCAUGUGUCUGCAAAACCUGCUGGUGGGGGAAAGAAAAAGUCCGGAGGAGCUAGAAAGCGCAGCAGCCAUAGCUCCACCAUGACCGCAUUGACUCUGUUGUCUUUCUUCUUUUUUGUCAAUCUACUGCAGAACUGUAUAAAAGAUCACAUGGAUUAUAUGCAUCCCACUGUUAUGGUCAUGACCCCAGAUAUACGUCGCAAAAGCCUUAAUAAAAUGGGGGAAAUGAAUUCGCGCGAGCAAAGUAGUGGCAUUUCAGCGGCUGGAGUGGUAGCUACCAAUGAGGCCAAUAUUGUAAUGCAGCCAGCAGAUAUGUUGGCCUCGGCAGCCUUUAGUUCUUCGCAAGUUAUGGAAGCCAUGAAACCCUAUGUGAAUCUGCAAUCCCCUUAUAGCAGUGUGAAUAAGCCUAUGGAAGUUUUGCCUAACAGACCAGUUCAACAAGCUCCUGCUGCCCCUCCAGUCGUAGCACAAUAUCAAAAUCAUCAUGCUGCACCGGCAGAAGUGCAACAUCAAAGGCCGCCUUCAGCUUAUGAUCCCCAUCAACCCGAUGUCUAUGAACAACAUUUACAGCAUAAUUAUCCUGGAGAACAUAUACCAGCGGUGGCAGCCUACAAUCCUUCAUCCCAGGAGUUUCCUAAGCCUUUGUUAAAUGAAAAUCCCUUGGUGAAUCAACAACAACCGCCAGUUUAUAUGGGCUCUUCAAAGGAUCAUCCUUCUGCUCAUCAUGAAUAUACGCCAGCUGUGACACCCAUACAACAUCAUUCCCAUGAUGAGAUGAUGGCAGCAGCAGCAUCAUCAGUUUCCGGGUCUUUUUAUUCCACAACACGUAAUCCUUUUCUGGACCACAAAUACCCCAAUCAAUCACCUGCCUAUGCUCCUCCAAGUGAUCAUGGUUUCAAGCAGCCUUCUUCUCAAAAUUAUCACCGUUACCCCCCGAAGAACAAUGCUGAAGACUCAGCAGCUCACCAGGGUCCUGUGCCUUGGUCCUCCACCCAUUCCAUGGUUUCAUCGGCUGUUAUGUCUGCUCCCAUACGUCGAGCAACCAUAGUUUCAGUAUCGCCCACCAUAAAAUGGAUUUCGCUGCCCUCCAAUGUGGACGACCAUGCAGAUUUUGAUGAUGAUGUGCCCAGCUCGGAGUUGAGGCGAGACAGUCGUUAUGGUGAAACCACAUAUCAAAGAAAAUUUCCCUAGGCAUACAGCGAAAUGAAGAGUGCAAAGGGUGAAAGGAAUGGAGUUAGGAAAUUUUUACCAGAUUGUGCAAAUUCUUUGAGGGUAUCAUAAGUGAGCCGCGUUUAAGCUACUGCUAAGUGACCGAUGCUAACAGGACUAGAAAACGCACCAGACAAAUAACUGCCGAAAUUUUCAUAUGCAAAUUAUGGCUUCUUGAGGUUGUGUAAUGGAAAUCUAUUCUCAACAUCAUGGGGCUGAGACCAAACCAGGCCAAACUCAACACUGCACUGUACACGGUUGUCGAGGAAGAGGUAUAAAAAUCUCCUUUAUGAUAAUCACAGCGAAAUGGCAUUAGGGCUAGUAAUCGAGAGCAAUAGUAGCACAGAGCUAUCAUUCAAAAGGUUG